AUGUUCGUUAAUACCCGCGAUGAUAACCUCACCGGUUAUGAGAGGACCUGCAAGACGAGUAGAGGGUGGUGGGUGGUUUGGAACCGGAUUUUGGAACGGACUGCUGCUGCUGAGUCUCAAGGACAUCACCAGCAUAUUCUGUCCGUCUCUUCGUCAGGUUCUGGCACGAGGACUGCUUCCCCAGUAGGGGCUUCAGGGUCACCUACAGUUGCCAACAAUAACUCCAACAACAACACAGACGAGAUGUUCUUCUCCAACGUCAAUAAACCCCGGCGCGAAAGAAGAGCGAGCGAUCAGACUCUGAGGAGAAGGCGGAGGACGCCUGUUUCUUCUUCUGCUUCCGCUUCGCCUAAUCCGGAGGCUUCUGGUCCUUCUUCCACUGCUCCAUCUGGCUCUUCCGAUCCCACCGGUACUUCUGCUGCAUCGGCAUCCGCAUCUGCAUCAGACGACUCCAUCUCCAGCAUUCCUACAGACCAUUCACAACUACCCGAACCUGGCCACGAAGCCGACAACGAGGGACAAGGCGAGGACGCAGAAGAAGAAGAAUAUGACCACGACGAACAUAAUUCAAGUGAAACCGCCAUGCCCCCCGCCUCCAUGCAUCCUUCUGCUGCUAGCGGCACUAGUAACACGUCAUCAUCAUCAUCUUCGAGAAGAAGGAGGAGGGAUGAUAUGGUUGAGGUUUCUAAAGAAAUCUUUUUGAUUAGGAAGGCUACUGCGGGAGAAAGUGGGACUGGAUUAUCUGUUGGUGUUGCUGAGAGACAGCUUGGGCAUACGAGGGGGGUUAGUAGUGUUGGGAGUUUUGUGAGUGCUGUUGCUGGUGGUAGCACCGGAAAGCCUGAGGCAGACGAUGUUGGUGGUUCUGCUGCUGGUGCUGGUAGUUCUGCUGCUGCUAGUAAUGAAGCGGGUACUGGUGCUGGAGGUGGCAGUUGGGCAGACGGAGCGACCAAGUUGGCUCAGGGGUUUGGUGUGGAUACUAGGAGGUAUAUUGAGGGGUUGUUGACUUUGAAUCGUUGA